AUGGCCGAUAAUUUGGAGGAUGUUGGUUUUAUGAAUUUUCAUAUUAGGGAAUGUUUUGUGAAUUUGUAUGGAUUUGAGGGUUUUUUCAGGUAAUAAUUAUUUAGUUUUAUCGAAAGGUGUGAAAUAUAGACUGUAAAAUUCAAUAAUUUUUUUGAAUUUUUAAGCUCCUUUUUUUGCCUUUUGAAAGGGAACAAUGACGAUUAAUAAAGUAAAGAGUUGAGAUUAAUGAAAAAAAUUCGGAAAAAAAUUAUUUUAUGUUUGUGGAAAUUCAGUGUUGAUUAUAUAUAGCGGAUGGAUUUGAAGCCUAAAAAAAUCUAGAACUUCGAAAAAUUUGGGGAAUUUUAUUUUUAUAAAUAUUAAAAACCCUGUAGUUUCACGGAAAGUAUUGCGAAUCUGUACGAAUUUUCGAAUUCUUUCAUCAGAAUUUUUUUUUUACUUCAAUUUUGACCUGGUUUUACUGAAAAAAACGUGAACUAACGUUUUCAUUUUUUUAUUUGUAAAUUUCAAUAAUUUUUGAUUUUUACGCUUCUUUUGCCUUUUAAACGGGAAAGAUGACGAUUAAUGAAGUAAAGAGUUGAAAAUAAUGAAAAAUUUGAGAAAAAAUAUGGUAUAUAAAUGUAAUUUCAGUGUUGAUUAUAUACGGCGGGUGGAUUUGAAGCCUAAAAAUCUAGAAAUUCGAAAAUGGGAAAUGGUUGUGUUUUAUGAAAAAUAAAAGAGCAAAGCGUUAAAACCAAAACCUGGUGGAAUUUUUUCUCUUUUUUCCAUUCAUGCCUCAUCCUUUUCCCUUUCAGUUCUUCAACGUGAACACCUCCAUACACCUGUCAAAAGCUACCUGGAUGCUAAUAUUGCUCAUCCCGAUGCUAUCGAUUUGCUCGAUUCGAAGAUUAUCCGUCUUGGCGCCAUUUGCGAUGGCCGCCAACUUCGUCUACGUCUUGGCGGUGGCCGUCGUCUUGUUUUUCUUCCUUUCAGGUUGGAAUUAGAGUUUCUGUUGAAGUAGAAGUAUGAAGGUGUAUUUUAAUAAAAAUUAAUAAAAAAAUAGGAAAAAGCUGUUGAAUUAAAAAUUUAUUACUGUGUUCAAAAUGAUUCCGGCACAUGUAAGUUUUCAAGGCACAUUCGAAAUUUUCAUUGAAAAAGCCCAAAUAUUUUCAAAAUUUGGAUGUCACCGUGAAAAGUUACUUUUCGCGAUAUAUCAUUUUAGGACCCAUUUUCAAAGACUCCCGGAAUUCCUAUCGUUUUAGAACGUAUACCGCGUCAAUUUUCAAAUCGCAUUAAAAAAAAAAAGACUUUAUGAAGAAAUUUCGAGACUUUGCAAAAGUUAUAAAGUUGAAAAAUAAUAUGAAAAAAAUGAAAAUUUGAAUGUUUUUAAGUGUCUUGUUAACUAAUCUUCGAUUUGAUGGGAAAUAUAACGAAUUUCGCUGAAAUUUCAGCAUUUCCGAAUUUUAUACACACUCGAGAAGUACUUAGAAUUGAAUAGAUUCGGCAAAAAUUCCGACGAAAUUAUAAUUUUCUUCAAAAAAAGCCAUUAACAAAAAGUUUUAUAAUUUUUCCGUCAGACCUCCGACCGAUUUCCUCGAUUCCUUGGUUUGGAAAAACUCACGGAUCUUCCUUUUAUUUUUUUCGGAACCGUCAUGUUUGCUUUCGAAGGCGUCGCUGUGGUUAGUGGUCGAAAAAAAUACAGAAAAAAAUUCAAUUUUUUUCAGAUCAUGCCAAUCGAAAAUCGAAUGCAAUCGCCGCACUCUUUUAUCGCAUGGAAUGGAGUCCUGAACUCGAGUUGCUUGGUGGUUCUGGCCAUUUUCUCGGUCACCGGCUUUUAUGGGUCCGUUUUGAAUAAGUACAUCAACUUCAUUGAAAAAAUUCUCGAAAAAGUUUAAAAAAUGAUUUAUUUUUCAGAUAUCUCUCCUUGGGCGAUGA